AUUAACUUAGUUACAUUCCAUCUGAACAUUAAGCCUUAGUUAAUAGUUAUUAACUUAGUUACAUUCACAAUGACAAAACUAAACUUGCAAACAAACAUCUUUAUUCUCAAAAUCACGCUUACAGUUUAAUUAAUUUUACUUAUUAGCAUUAUGAAUCCACUAAUUGUCACAACAAGUCGCAGCAUUAUGAACAAACAGUCAAACACAGUGAGUUGAGGAUUAGGAGUUAGGAGAGGACUGGGAUUACCUUCUCAGAUUGGAGUUUUAUGUGGACUGUCGAGUACCCAAUGACAGUAGACUGCUCCUCACUGCUCACUGACUCUGUUCUGCUUCAGUUCUCUAAACCAGUAAACCAGAUACAAGGUUCCAAACGAGACCAAGGUACCAACCUAGCCCAAAUAAGAGCGAACAAGAAGAGUCAGUGAACAAAGAACACAAAGCAAGGUAGAAGAACUGGAAUUUAAUGCAUGCAUGUCUGUAUUAUGAGACCACUAACCCAUAAAUCAUAAAAAGUAUAGACGAGAUCAAGAAACUUACCCUCGACGACUGGACUCUGUCUGGAGGCUCGGGCGGUCGGCUAAAUCCCUCGGUCUCUGCUCUCUGUUGACUCGACUGGGGUGUUCUUGUUCUCGAUUUCAGAACUCAGAAGAUGGCGUGGUGAGAAACGACCUCUGCGCUUUGAAUCCCCCCUAUAUAUACAAGUACAAGAAGAGUCAGUACUCAGUAGAGAGUUAGGGGAACGAGGAAUCAGGGAAGAUGCUUGAAAGAAAAGAUAAGAAACCCAGAAAUAACUUAUCUUUUCUCGAAGAAUCAGCGAUUUGAACUUCCAACGAGGCAACGACUCGUUUUUGGAUUGCGACCGACGAAAUCUUCGUCGGAUGGUUGCUCUUUGAGCCAUGCAAUUGGUCGAAUGGAGGAUUUGAUGAGGGAAAAUGACGAAAAAUCGGCCAGAUCGUGAUUAUCUAGCGAUCUGAUCGCUAAUCGCCAGAGAGGAGGCAGAGAGAAAAAGGAAACUAGGGUUUCUGUAAAAUUUGGUGAAGAAUGGAAAUGAGGCGGCUGCUAGGGUUUCUCUAAGGGAACUGAGAGAUUAUAUAUCUCUCUCCAAACGCCGUCGUUUUAUACACGGUUAAACCGUCGGGCGGGGCGCGGGGCGGAUACUGAGCUAACCAUCACCACCCGAAAAUCAUGGUUGACGGGUUUCGGGUUACCCGCCGCCGGUUGACGGGCCAGAGAUCCAGAACCACAUGGGCCCUUAUCGGGCGGGCUUCGGGCGGAUACCCGGUUUUGGGCCCCGGCCGGCCAUCCCUAACGGAGAAUGAUAAUUGAUUUAAGGAUAAAUGUGUAAUUUCAUAUGUCUUAGGGCGAUAAAUUCAAAUUUUUAGGGCGACUUAAUAGCCAUGCCCCACAAAAAGGCAUAAGCAAACCUCUUCCGUUUGCCCUCACCGGCAUCCCAAAACGUCGAACGGACUCCAGGGGUACGAUCGUCAUUCGAUCCUCACCUUUACCUUUGCUUCUCAGACAACAUCGAGAAAGCAACGAAUGAGACCUCCCUAGUCCCUUGAAGAAUCCUCUCUGUCCUCUCCCACAAGCUAACAAUUAGAAGUUCAGUAUUCCUUCACAAGAAAUCUCAGGGCAUUCCCUUACCUUCCAUGGCGACUCUCUCGGCUUACUCCUCUCCCGCCGCCUGGCCCAACGACAACCCUAACCCCGCAGUCCUCCUUCAGCAGGACUCCACCACCGGGGAUGAACAGCAGCAGCUCGACGAUCCCCAGUCUUACGAUUCCCUCUCUUCAAUCACGCCUCAGCAAAAUCACCAACCAGAUCCACUCCCUCAGUCGCCGCCUUCGAACCCAACCCCCGUCACCAACUACAGCAGUCCGAUUUCUUCUCCGCCGGAGUCCUCCUCGUCUCCGCCACCGUCCGUCGCCCUGCUGCACCUCUCCUUCAAUCAGGACUCCGGAUGCUUCGCCGCGGGCACCGAUCACGGGUUCCGGAUCUACAACUGCGAUCCCUUCCGGGAGAUAUUCCGCCGCGACUUCGACCGCCGGGGCGGCGGGAUCGGGGCGGUGGAGAUGCUUUUCCGCUGCAACAUUCUGGCUCUCGUUGGCGGCGGGGCCGACCCGCAGUACCCGCCCAAUAAAGUCAUGAUCUGGGACGAUCACCAGAGCCGUUGCAUUGGCGAGCUCUCUUUCCGGUCCGAGGUUCGAUCCGUGAAGCUGCGGCGGGAUAGGAUCGUGGUGGUUUUGGAGCAGAAGAUUUUUGUGUACAAUUUUUCGGAUUUGAAGCUGUUGCAUCAGAUUGAGACGAUCGCCAACCCUAAGGGGCUCUGUGAGGUGUCACACGGGGCGGGUUCGCUUGUCUUGGUCUGCCCGGGCUUGCAGAAGGGUCAAGUUCGGGUUGAGCAUUAUGCCUCGAAGCGGACUAAGUUCGUUAUGGCGCACGACUCCAGGAUUGCUUGUUUUGCUCUCACGCAGGAUGGCCAGUUGCUUGCUACUUGUAGCUCUAAGGGUACCCUCGUAAGGAUUUUCAACACAGCGGACGGCAGUCUUCUUCAAGAGGUGAGGAGGGGUGCAGACAGAGCAGAGAUCUACAGCUUAGCAUUCUCUUCUGCUGCACAAUGGCUAGCAGUUUCUAGUGAUAAAGGAACAGUUCAUGUUUUCAGCCUUAAGUUGAAUCCUGGGGCAAAAAUGAAUGACACUUCACGAGCCAUAACUGAUACAAAUCAUGCCGCUGGCUCUCCUGCUUCAUCCUUAUCCUUCUUCAAAGGUGUUUUACCAAAGUAUUUCAGCUCGGAGUGGUCGGUUGCUCAGUUCAGGUUAGUGGAAGGCUCUCAGUACGUUGUUGCCUUCGGUCACCAAAAGAACACGGUGGUCAUUCUCGGGUUCGAUGGAAGCUUCUAUAGAUGUCAGUUCGACCCGGUGAACGGUGGAGAGAUGAAUCAGCUGGAAUAUCACAAUUUUAUGAAGCCAGAAGGUAGCUUCUGAAGGAGGAAAACAAGGUAGCCAGAAGGCUUGUUGCGGAAUGUCUAUACAGUAUAUGUAUGUAUGCGUGUAUAUAUAUACAUUUCUCUUUCGUUUCUACCUCGUUGGCGUUCUGUCGGCAGAUGGGCGCAUGUUGUAAAUAUAAGCUAUACUUGUAAAUUAUGUUGAAGGCUUAAAAUGAAAAAGUAACAGGGAAGGAAGGAGCGAAAUCAGCAUCCUGGCUGUACGUAUUGUAAAUAACCAGAAACUGUUCUCUUGGUUUUCCCUGAUAAUUAUUUACAGUAGUACCGCUCUCAGGCAACACUUUAUUUACGUUAUCUCGGAAAACCAGAAUAAGCAAACAUUAAAUUUUGUAAUUUGGCACAUAAAACUGUCCAAAUCACAUUGUAUAGAGUCACUCGAGUGUCUGGUCUUAAAAGUACUCUAUUAGAGGUUAUACCGGAAAAGUCCAAGUAAAGUAUUUGAAUUAAAAUAUGGUUCAAUCGUUGCAUAUUGAAUGCAGUCAUUUUUGUGAGUGCGCCGAAGUAGUCACCAUAUAUACAUAUGACCAUUUUAAUUUAUCCAAGUGGGAUUCUAGGACCUCACUCCUGACAAGCAACAACAAUUAUUGGAAGUGAUUCGACAUCAUAAGGUUGAAGUAUUUGCAAAUUCUUGAGACCUCAGAGAAUAGUGGUAAGAGUCAGAAAUCUGAAUGCUUGUCAUUGCACCAUUAACGUAAUCGAACAGGGGUAUCGAUAACCGUCCGGUUAUCUAUUUGAUUAUCGGUUAAAUCAGUAACCGGUUAACCGAAUACCAACCCUAGUCUGAUCGCCUCCAUGUCUCUCUCUCCUUCCUUUCCUUCGGCCGCCUCCAUUUUCUGAGUGUUUCUUUAUUUUCCCCUUCUUGAACCUGCUUCAAAUUAUAUGUAACAAUUACAAAAUCAAAGCAACCAGAGUCUGCAGAAUCAUCACGUGGUAGUUUGGUUUAGUCACUGGCGAUCUAUUGUAAGUUUGACUACUGUGGCUGUGUGCGUGAUGCGCGCCGCGUUACUAAUUAUAUUAAAGUGUUCUUCAUAGUUCCUGCCUGCUACUCUGUCUGUCCGUAUAUAAUCUACACAUAAUAUAAUACACCGAAUGGAAAAACGGGAGCCCCAUUUCAAAUCUCCUGCAACGAGAGUGAAAGUAGGAAGGACAUUUUGGUCUUCACUUUAUUCAUUAAACAGACACGUACUGGGAUUCGAACCAUGUCCAUUUUAAAGAAAAGCAAGGAACAUAACCAAUCACACUAAGUACAUUUGUUGUAUCCUUUUAAAUCAAAAACAUAUAAUAGCAGGGAGGAAAAACCCCUUCCCCCCAUUUCAAAUUCCCUGCUCCAUGAGCGUUUGUAGGAAGGGUAGAAUAGGUAGUGUUAAUUUUUUUCUCUUUCCUCUGUGGAACGAGCCAACUUACCGUACACAUGCGGAUUUAAACGGGUUCAGGAGUGUCAAUUUUUUUCUUUAAGCCCUUGUAUUUCUCCGUGGUGAUAAAAUAUAUAUGAAAAGGCAAAAACAAUACUUCUUUUUAUGCUAAAAAUAAAAAAAAAUUAACAAUAAACUAAUGCAUGGUAU